CCAUAGUUAUAGCAGCUGAUGGAGUGGAUCACAAGAGUUAUUCUCUUAAUGUCGAGUUGCCCAGAAGUUCAAGUGUUUGGGUGGCAAAUGACAGAGAAAGAAGCAUUGUGUUUAACUAUGCUGGAGACGUUGAAGCUGAUUCGUGGAGUAUCAAGAUAGUACGAGGAAGGGAUGGAGCAGUAGUGAGGGAAUGGCUCAGGGAAAUUAUUCUACAGAAAGCAAAUCGUAGAGCAUCAUCAUCCUCAUCAUCAGCGGAAUCAUCACCAUUAUCUUUGUCACCCUUCUUUACUUUCGAAAAAUCAAUUAUUGUUUCCCGAUACUUCCAAACCGACAAAUAUUUCGUCGAAAUUUGUGGGAAUUUUAUCGGUUCGACACAUGUUGGCAGCAGACUGUGUACCAAGAGCGAACAAUUUCUUAUUGAAGGUGUAUUAAAGUCAGAUGAUAGUAAAGACAAGGAGAAACACGAAGAACGUUUCUUAUCACAGCAACGAGAAGCAGAGAACAGCCUGCACAAUGUAGACCUGGAAGAGAUAUGGCCGGUGAAUGGCACACGAUGUACAGUGCAUAGAAUACAUCAACCAACUAAAGAAAGAUUUGUAGAAGAAUGUAUGGAACCAGGAAUACCUUGUAUCGUUACUGGUGUGAUGGACAAAUGGAAAGCCAUGAGAGCCUGGAGGUUAGAAAAAUUCCAAAACGACCCAAGAAUAAAGGAAGGUGUUUAUAUAGGACAACGUGAAGAAAUGAUUCCUCUACGCGUAUACUACGAUUACAUUAAAAACCACGCGCACAAAAACAAAUCCAAAUGGAUGGUGUUUAUGCCGGAUGUGUUUGAUUUGUAUCCAAGCUUGUCGCAAGAUUACACUGUCCCAGAUUUCUUUUCGGAGGACGAUGAUUUUAUGACUAAAGUUGAUGAAGAUUUACGUUUGGACUGGCGUUGGAUAAUCAUGGCUCCAAAGAAGAGCGGUUCAGGAUGGCACGUUGAUCCUGCUAACACUACAAGAUGGCUAGCACUUGUUACAGGCGCUAAACUCUGGGGUCUCUAUCCUCCGAGCCAAUACCAUAUUCCUGGUGUAAAGAACAAUUAUUACCAAAAACGAGAUUAUGAAAUGGAUGAUGCGUAUAACUGGUGGGUCUACACCAGACCACAUUUGUUUUCUAAACAGCCCCUGGAAUGUGUACAGAAGGCCAGAGAGAUGAUGUUCAUCCCGAGUGGCUGGUGGCAUUCUGUCGUCAAUCUUGAUGAUACUGUAGCAGUCACACAAAACUUCUGUAAUAAAUAUAGUUUCAAGUCAUGUUUAAAAGAACUCAAAGAACAAGCAGACAGUGAUGGGUUGUUCAUAGGAAAAACAUUCGAACAACUGAGAGACCUUUACAGCAACCAGUACCAGGGAUACUUCGACAAGGAUGAUAUGAACUUCCACGCCCCCGAGACAGGAAUCGGGAAGACUGCACAUGAAAUCAAAGAGAAGAGAAUAGAGAAACUAAAAGAAAUAUUAUCUGGGAAAUAUUGAAAAUCACACACAGCUGACAAAGAAUGGGUUCAUAAUUCUUUACAACUCAAAACAAGAUUGGAUACGUGAUUAGUAUCCGCCAUAUUGGAUGAAGUACAAGGGAAGGAAUACCGGAGCAAAAGAAAUUUUUUGUCUUAUUGAAAUAUUAAAAAUCAAAUGCAGUUGACAAAUAAGGAGAGACGCACAUCUCGCCGAAACGUGUUUUUUUUUUAAAGCACUUGUCAUCAUAUAUAUAUAUCAUCAUAUACAUAUCAUAUUUUCAUGUAAGAAUUCUACAGAUAGUGCUACUUAAAUUUUAAAAAAUAACGAUUUUAUCAACGUUGCGUUUACUUUGUGAUCAUCAAACCUUCGUGAAAAAUAGGCAGCCAAAUGUGUGCAUAUAAUAUAAUUAUGAUUAUGAUAUUACUGUAAUAAACUUAUUUUCCCUGUUAACCUUUUGGUUAUUAGCUGUCACCUAUCUCUAAGUUAUUAAAUAGAUAAACUUUAUUUAAUCACGCUAACAUAUACGACAAAUUAAGCUGAUUCCCAAUAUGGGCGUGCAGAUAAAAAUCUUAAUUAUGAUAUAAUAUAAAUUGUACAAUUAAAUAAAAGGCUAAAGAUAAAAAUAUGUGUAAGGCCAAAGGAUAAGAGUUUGUUGUGAAACGAGACUAGAGAGUGACUCACAGUUGCGUACAUCAAAUAUAGCUUAUCUUUGGGGGCAGGGGUCGGCAAACUCUGUUAAGGGAUGCCAAAACCUGAAUUCUUAAAAAACGUUUCAGUUAUGGUGGUGAUUAUGGAAUUCUUUACCUACGUUU